CGAGAAUUUGGGAGCCUUUGAAAAAACCCUCGCGCUCCCUCCCACCCCUAUUGUUGGAGUGAAGAUGGAGUCAAACCUCUCCCGGCUCCCUCCUGUCGGGGUCUAAGCUGGGGUUUUUUGUUGCUUGCUUUUUUUUUUCUUUCUUUUUUUUUUUUUUUGGCUGGGCUGAUACCCUCAAAGCUGGCCGAGGAGGAGGAGGGAGGAGGCGGUAACAGCCACAGCGCGGAAUUUGCAAGCGAGUGUCGGGAUGGGGUCUGUUUCCAACCAGCAGUUUGCAGGUGCGAAGACGGGCGAGGAGCCGGUCGGAGAGUCGCCCAAGGCCGAGGACGAGCCCCAGCUGCUGCACGGCUCCGGCAUCUGUAAGUGGUUCAACGUCCGCAUGGGCUUCGGGUUCCUCUCCAUGACCGCCAAGGGCGGCGCGGCGCUGGACUCGCCCGUCGACGUCUUCGUGCACCAGAGCAAGCUCCACAUGGAGGGUUUCCGCAGCCUCAAGGAGGGCGAAGCUGUCGAGUUCACCUUCAAGAAGUCGUCCAAAGGCUUGGAGUCCAUCCGGGUGACCGGCCCCGGCGGCGUCUUCUGCAUCGGCAGCGAGAGGAGACCGAAGGGCAAGAGCCUGCAGAAACGCAGAUCGAAGGGAGACCGAUGCUACAACUGCGGCGGGCUGGACCACCACGCCAAGGAGUGCAAGCUCCCGCCGCAGCCCAAGAAAUGCCACUUCUGCCAGAGCAUCGCCCACAUGGUGGCCAACUGCCCGGCGAAGGCGCAGCAGUCGCCCGGCUCGCAGGGCAAGGCUGCCUGCUGCCGCGAGGAGGAGGAGAUGCACAGCCCGGGCCUCCUCCCCGAGAGCCGGGAAUGAUGGCGGGCGCCGGGGGGGGCUUCCGCCGGGGCCAAGCGGCUUUGACGGGGCACCGGGCGGUGCUGGAGGGGGGGGCAGGACGGGCGGAGCGGGCAGGGAGGGCGACGGCGGCGGCAGGGUCUCGCGGAGGGGCCCUGCCGCUGCCUCCCCGCGCGGCCCUCCGUGUGCCAGGCACGGCCUGGGAAGAGCCCUGCUUUAAUUGGGAUGGCUCCAAAACUGGGGGGAGGCGGUGCCCAGUGCACCUCUUCCAGCUUGAAAAAAAGCCGCAUGCGAUUCGCUUUUAUUCCUUUUCUAAACGAAGCCAGUGAGCAGCAUCGCUGGGAGAAGCAGAGCAGCAACAUCCCGGGGAGCCGCUGGCGGUGCCUCCUCUCCCGAGCCUCCCACCGGCUCCGGCCGUGGAAGAGCAUCGCCGGCGAAGGCAAGCUGCGUGGGGACCACUGCGGUGUCCCCCCGCCCCGUCCCUCCCCAUGUCCCCAGGGAUGCAGGAGUGACGGGGCGGUGGGUGCAGCGCGGGCAGCGCGGUUUCCUGCCGUCGCCCCCAUCGCUGUCACCGGCAGGGCCCGGAUUUGGGCUGCGUCCGGGAGGAAACCGCACGGGAAACCUUGAGCCCCAGACACAGCAGUGCCUGCUCCCCGGGAUGUUGCUGGUAGAGUUUCCCCCAGAUGCUGCAUAUAAAACACGCCCGGGGGCUCCGCGUACCGAAACGUGGCUUGAUCUAGACACCGCGUUGCCCAGGUCUGGAUCAAACCCACGUGGGAUACAAACAUGCCUCUGCUCCUCCCGCCCGGGUGUUUAAACCAGGCCCCGGACGCCCCCGGCCCGAGCCCCCGCCGCGGGCGGAGGAGAAGGGUGACGCCGCGCGUUGGCCGCUGCCGUCCCUCCCGGCAGCCCCGCCAGCCCUGCCUUUAUUUAUCGGCUCCGGCGGACCGCUCUCCCCCAGCCUCCCCGUCCGUGCCGCAGCCAGCGCCGAGUGAAACCUGCACUAGGAUGUGCGUGAAUGACGUAUCUUUGGGUUUGUUUGUCGUCUUCGUUUUUUUUUUUUUAAUAUAAAUAUUCUGUUUUUGUAUUUUUGUAUAUUUUAAUCUUUAAGGAAAAAAAAAAGAAAAAGAGAGAGAGAGAAAGGACCUAACUCCUGCAACUUAUUCUCAGGUAUUCGAGCAAUCUCAGGGAUAAAAUGCCUCUGCAGCCCAGCGCUGGACAGAGAGGAGGGUUUUUUCUAACAGCACAAAGACGUGACAAAGUUUGUACGGGAAGCGUAGAUCUACCUCACUGGAUGUUCGCUAGGUCGCCUGACGUGUCGUUGAGCUUUUUGGUUGUGUUUUUUGGUAUGUUUGGGUUUUGUUUUCUUUCGAGCUGUAUUUUCAUAGUCUCUUUCCCUUCCCCACCGGACCGAGGAGGAAUUUGGGGCUGUCGCUCCGCGCGAGGGGACGGAGAAGCCAGGCGGUGCCAAGGGGAAGGGCCCAGCUGCUAGAGCCCGCGCUGGCUCCCCAGCCCCAGCGUUUCUCCCAGCCCGGUGUCUUUGCAGACUCUGCUCUGCUCCUCUCUCGCGUUCGCGCUCGGGCACACGCGUCCGCUCGCGGCGGCCGGGGGAAGCUCUGCGCUCCUGGUUUGGGGCCGCGGACGGCGACGCUGUGUUAAACCUCGCCGCCCCGGGGCCGGCUGGGCCCUGCCCUGGGAGGCCACCUCGCCGGGCCGGCGUGCCGGAGCGUGGACACGCUUUCCACUGUUUUUUAGGUAGCGAUAGGUGUAGAUGUAGAUCGGGACAGGGACAGGUAGGGAGCACCCGCUCCGUCCUCGCCACCAGGACCCAUCGUGGGGCUGGCUUAGGCCGUCUCGUGCCGUCCAAACCCUACCCGUGCCCGGGGCGCGGAGUCGCUCCCCUGGCUGCUUCCCUGCUCUGCUACAGUAGUUUUUAUGGUGAGGUGGUGGUCUCUUUUUCGGGAGGGUGGGGGAAGGCCUUUUAGUUCUUGAAUAGCUGUGGGAUCUGUACGAACCUGCUUCAGGAUGACCGCUUUUGUCUGAACGGGGUAAAUGCAAUAGAGCGCACUGGGUUGCGUGUCUAAGCCCGGGCUUUGGGUCCCGCUGGCACGUUGCGGGGGGACCCCGGCCUUCCCGCGUCACCUUGCUUGUGCCGGGUAAACUGCUGCCCCCCAACUCUUGUAUCUGUCUUGAAGAAUCAUGUAGAACCUCUCCCCUCCCCCUCCAAUUUAAUGGUUUGGUGACUUUCUGCUAGAUGUCUAGUAUGUGUAAAUAUCUCUGUAAAUCUCUCCAUUUUCUCUCAGUAUUCUCCUCGAUUAUUGUUUACAAAGGUAAGAGAAAAAGAAAAAAGGAAAAAAAAUAGCCAAAGCAUCUAAUAGGUUUUGGACCAGGGAGACAGGCUCUUCUCUGUGUACUCUGCCUUGCACCUCUGCCUGUGUGGGGAGAUGACUUCUGUAACCAUCCCUGUCCUAGACUAAAGCAAAUGGUAAAUGGCUUAGUGAAUUGCUCAGGUUUUUCUCAGGGCCAGUAAGGUGCCAGGAUUCAAGGAAAAAAAAAAAAAAAAAACAGGGAUUUUUAUCUGUGAAGGGAAGCCACGCUGGAGAAGAUAGAAUUUCUUGCUUUGCAUCUUCUCAUUGCAUUUGCUCUUGUGGUUCUUCCUGUAUGUUGACAAUAAUUAAUAAAUUGCUGCAUCAUCACCUGCCCUGCCCAUGCAAGGGCUGCAGGCGCUGGGCACUAUGCAUUACGGGACCGCGUGAACUGCAGGUGGACGAGGCUGCGCACUCAGGGUCGAGCUGUAAUAGGGGAGCAUUUGAAUGUAUAAGGAAAAAAUGUCCCUCAAGAGAUGUUUUCUCCCCUGGUGCAAAAGCCUUGAGUCACACGAUUGUCUACUAGGAGACGGAAGAAUGUAACUCCAUGUUUACUGCUAGCAACCAAAGCUUGUUUGUGUGAAACUCUUGAAUUUUUAUGAAGUGGGUGGGAGGGGGGGACAGAAGUGGUGGCUGUGCACCGCUCAGGGGUCUCACCCAAGCCGGGCUUUCCAAAGAGCAGAUUUCCUGCUGGAGUCCCUGCAGCAAGAUCCAAUAUUCCUGUCGCUGCAGGGUUUUUCCCCCUCCUUUCGUUUUUUUUAAAUUUGUUUUUGUACCAACUAUGUAAAAUGUGUUUUUUUCUUUUCUGGAAAAAUAAAAAUAAAGACCAUGGGCAAUGGC